GCAUUUAUUUCUCAAAGUAUAGAAAGUCACGUACUCCUCCAACGGCCCAACCAACCAAUCUAAAGUCUCAUUAAUUCUUUCCCAAAAUCCAAUCAUCAUUUUCCACUUGAUUCUUCCCCAAAACCCAAGCGUAUUAGCAUCCAACAAUUCCCCUCAGUUAAUCCCUAAUCCAUGGCUGAUCAAGGUAGUACCAACAGCAGAACCAGUUGUACCAUUGAGAGCACCGACGGUGUGACUUUGGACGCUCGAGUUUACCACCCAAUCUCCGACAACAAUUCCACAGACAACGUUGUAGUGGCAGUGUUGGUGCAUCCUUAUUCCGUGCUAGGCGGAUGUCAAGCGUUGAUGAGAGGCAUAGCCAGAGGAUUAUCUAAUCGAGGAGUAAUUGCUGUAACUUUUGACAGUAGAGGUGCUGGGAAAUCCAGUGGGCGUGCUUCCCUCACUGGAUCCGCUGAAAUUAACGAUGUUAUCUCCAUUUGCAAAUGGGCUGUUACUAAUUUCUCAACGAGGAAAAUUAUCCUUGUUGGUUCUUCUGCAGGAGCAGCAAUAGCUGGAUCUGCAGUUGAUCAAGUAGAGGAAGUAGUUGCCUAUGUGAGCUUGGGAUAUCCUUUUGGUUUUACUGCUUCAAUUCUCUUUGGGAGGCACCAAAAGGCGAUACUACAAUCCCCAAAACCAAAACUAUUUGUGAUGGGUACUAAGGAUGGGUUCACCAGUGUUAAACAGUUGGAGAACAGGUUGAAAGAUGCUGCAGGGCAUAACACAACCCAUCUUAUUGAAGGAGCUAGCCAUUUUCAGAUGGAGGGGCCUGCUUUUGAUUCUGAUAUGGUGAACCUGAUUCUGGAAUUCAUUACCACAUUAUGAUUCUCAUGUGUGCAUUAAGUUAUUUCUGAAAUACAUGCAAUGCCUUUGCAACAGUUUGGUAUUCUUUGGCACA